AUGGCGGCAUCUUCCCGCGGACACAGUAGCUGUUUUCCUGUCAUGAGUUUUCUACACGUGCCGGGAAAAAUGUCGCAGCCUCUUUGGCUUAUGAUGGGAACUGCCUGCCUGCUGCAAACGGCGCACGACACCGCGGCUCUUGGAAGGCUGUUCCUCCUCUCCGCGAAGCACACGUUUGCACCAUGGCACUUCAUCGCAGAUCCAGCUCGGCUGAAAAUCCCGGAGGCGUAUCGUAAGACACGGUUUGUGGUCGUGCAUUUGUAUUUACCGGAUAGCGAGGGACGCGCGAUCGCCACCAGCUUCGUAGAAUUGCGUCUGGUGGCACUUCACCCCUCAGCUGAUGUUGCGCUUCUGGCCCUAAAGCCACCUGCCGCUUCACCCUCGGGAAAAAUUGAGCCCGAUGCACAUGUGGAGGAGUUUCGACGGUUGGCGGAGACCGCAGGCGGUGGCCUCACGCUAUCCGCUGUGGACCCUGCAGUGGGUGACUCGUGUCUCGUUUCCGGCUACCGUGGCGUGGGCUCUCUGGGACUGCUGGACACGGCGGACCCUGACUUGCUGCAACGUCUAUCUGCGGCGCAGCGAGAGGAAUUGUUGGCGAAACUGAAGUGCGUGGAGGGGCAGCAGACGGCGACCACGGCUAAAGUGGAGGUGCUGCAUACUAGCGGGAUGUGCCGCGCGACUGAGGGUCGUUGCUACCACGGCAUGUCAGGGGCACCAGUGCUCGUGAAUGAACACACAUGCGGCGGUAUUCUCUACGGCAAACACACAGAGCAGACAGAGUACUUGGGGUACACACCUGCACGUAGCUUUGACGAGUGGGUGUGGCGUGCUGUGGGAGCGGGUUAG